AUGGCUCCCCGUGCCUCCUCCAUCCAGCACCCAUCGCCCAACAUGACGGCCAACACAAACUCAACCAACGAUAGUUCCUCACAUGGACCACUAUCAGCCUUGCAACCAGCCUCAUCAGUUGACCUUGACCACAAUUCACCCCCUGCACCACCUAACCCUCUCCUUCAGCCCCGACCGCGUCCAAAGGUGCGCGGCAAGCUGGCUUCCUCGAGCAGCACCAUCCUCGUCAACCCAUGUCAACGAGGAAAUCCGCUGCUCAGCUCGAUCCGAUCUUUGGGUUGGGAGUACUCGGACAUAGUGCCUGACUACGUUGUCGGCGUUUCAUCGUGCAUUUUGUUCCUCUCGAUCCGAUACCACCGACUGCACCCAGAAUACAUCCAUACGCGAAUCGCCAAACUUUCCAACAUGUUUACGCUCCGAAUCCUUCUUCUCCUCUGCGAUGUGAAGGAUCAUGCACCGGCUAUUAAGGAGUUGACUAAAACGGCACUGAUCAACAACCUUACUCUCAUCGUAGCAUGGAGUGCAGAAGAAGCAGGGAGAUACGUGGAAACUUAUAAGAGUUUCGAACAUAAACCUCCAGAUCCUAUCAAGGAGAGAGUGCCGGAGGAUUAUCUAAGUCAACUGACCAACGUCCUUACCCAGGUGAGGGGGGUUAAUAGAACAGAUGUGCUUACCUUGAUUACCAGAUAUGGCAGUUUGAAAGGCGUGAUUAGAGCCUGUAAGCACGAGACCGCAGGCUUACAAAUGUCUCCUGGAUUCGGAGAGAUUAAGGCUAAGAGAUUGCGAGACGUUGUUACUCAGCCUUUUAGAGUUGGUCAAGGAAACAGUUAUAGGCAACGCCAACUUGGCUCUCCUAGCAAUUCUACUACCAACACUGCUGCUGCUGGUGGUGGUCCGAGUGCGGUUGGUAGAGCGGCUGGAUUGUUGGAAGACGAUCAUGUUCUUCUCACCUCCUCCUCCUCCUCCUCCUCCUCUGCCACAGGUCAAACGAGAGAUCUGAACACCUUGCAGGAGAAUCUCGAACAACUAACCGAACAGGAACAACUCCGACUCGCCAUGCAACUCUCAAUGCAUCCUCAACCACCGUCCUAA